UUCGUCUGUGACGUCACGAAAGUCAAACCCAAACACAUCUCUUUCCUCGGGAUAUCAAAACUGUAUAUUGUUCUGCUUUUUUCUUUAUUUCUACACUUCGCACAAUAAUAAACAGUAAACAUGUCAAAGACCAAGGAGAAACAGACCGGACUUCAUAAAGUUAUUAUGGUUGGAAGCGGCGGUGUUGGAAAAUCUGCGCUCACUUUACAGUUCAUGUACGAUGAAGUAAGUCAUGAGUGUGGAAGACUCCACCCUCCGAGAGAAAUAUUUUCUCAAAUAUCUUGUCAUUUAUCCAAUCCUUCGUUUAAUAAUCUUUAAAAUUAGUACAAAUAUACCCUAUAGAAACAUUCAUGCCGUACAUUUUGUACGUUUUGUUUAAGUUAGCAAUAUUUUUGUUCUCGAAUGUGUCACAACUUGUCAACUUGUAUAUGUCGAUUUCAUCUGUCGAAAUCAAGCUUUCUGUCUGUAUUUUCUAAUCCUAUUUAUUCUGUAGUUUGUUGAGGACUAUGAGCCGACGAAAGCGGAUAGUUAUCGAAAGAAAAUCAUGUUGGAUGGCGAAGAAUGUCAAAUUGACAUCCUAGACACAGCAGGACAAGAGGAUUACGCUGCUAUUCGUGACAACUAUUUUCGUAGUGGCGAAGGAUUCUUAUGUGUAUUUUCCAUAACAGAAACUGAAUCUUUUCAAGCCACGGGCGAUUUUCGAGAACAAAUACUUCGUGUGAAAGGUGAUGAAAACAUCCCGUUCUUGCUGGUUGGCAACAAGGCAGACUUGGCAGACAAACGUCAAGUAACACAAGAAGUUGCAAAUGCCAAGGCUGAGGAGUGGAAGGUCCCAUAUGUUGAAACAUCAGCUAAAACUAAAGAAAAUGUCGAUAAAGUGUUUUAUGAUCUCAUGCGAGAAAUCCGCUCACGGAAAAUGGAAGACGGUAGCAAGUCGGCAAGUAAACCGAAGAAGGGUAAAAAGAGGAAAUGUACUAUUCUGUGAGAAAAUGGUUUGGGUAACUAUACUGGUAUAAUAUGCUCAUUGAGUAUUGAACAUUGGCCAAUACUCACAGCUUAGUAACAUAGAUAUUUAAAUUGAAAUAACUCAUUGAAUUUGCUUCAAACGCUGGAUCCGAGAGAUAAGAUGAUUGUAAAGGGACAAAAUACUUAUGUAGAGUUUAAGAGGUGUCUAUCAGAAAUUAAAUUACAAUACACAACACAGCUGUCUGCAAGGUGCAUAUAUGUACUGAAAAAAAUAUAUUGAUAUUUGCAGACAGGUGUGUUGGAUGUUAGCACAAAAUUAGUUUCCUUUGCUGGACAAUGGGCUUAGAUAAUUAGUCUACCUUAUUUACCAUUUUUGAAAUUCAUGUAUAGUUUAACUGUUUAAGUAGCAGACACACACAAAAUAUUUGGCCACAGUUAUCAAUGCCAUAUUUCAAGAGAGACGAUUGUAGGCCUGGGGUAAGCACAGUCAUGCACUCAACUCUUUAAAGGCUGAUUUACACUACACAACUUUUGCCUAAAACAAUUUGGGUUGCAAUGUGUUAUUCAACACACGACGUGCCUACUGAGUACUGUACAUUGUUGUAUGUGAGUUGUGUGCUUGAUUUACAUGAUACAACUCAACUUGUGAGCAGGUUGCAUGUGACAGUUGGCAAAAGCUACAGGUGGAAUGUAAUUGUGGCCAAACAAGAAUGCAAGUCAUCACAAGGUUGAACUUUCUGAGGCAUGGAAAAGAGGAAAUGAGUGGUUCACAUAAAACAAUGUUUGGAAAAAGUAAAUUUGUUACUGUCAUUGCAAUAGAAGUGUUGAUAAAAUAUCGCAUCAAUUCAUUACUUAGAGCUGAUCAAUUCAUUUGUUGAAAAAUUGAUCAACUUCCUGUGUGUUUGAAUCAACCAAUGGCUUUACGUUUCAGUGACUGAUUGACCAUUUGGGAACAAGCAUGCCAGUAAACAGGAAGUUGAGCAAUUUUUGAUCAAAUGAAUUGAUCAAUGUUAGGUAAUGAAUUGGUGCAAUAUUUUAUCAACACUUCGAUUGCAACGACGGUAAAAGUAUUUAUACAGCAAGGAUAUCUGUAUCACAAACAGAUCACAUUGCUUUUCACAAAACACUUGUAUUUCACAUUCCAGUGUUUCUUUAUUCAAUGAUUUGUUCCCUUUUCUACACUUCAGGUGUUAACAUUUGCGAUGAUUGGUGCAUCAGUUCAUGCUAUAUACUUCCUGAUUUAAUCUCACACAAUGCAACCAGGCCCUGUCUGCCAUUUUUGGGUGGCAAAUUGGUCCGAAACUGAGGAUAUUUCACUAAAUUCACUCCUUGCCUUGUCACCUACUUUUCCUGUGCAGUUUGCCCACAAAAAUGGUGGACAAGGCCUGGUCUCAGCAGGAGAAAAAGUUGAUUAUGGUUGAUUAGUGAUAACAUGCCAAAAUAGACUGAUUCAAAAUGAUUUUAAUUAAGCCUAACCAUACCUUUGCUAAUUAUUGCAGGACUAUGAAGUAUCAUCUUUAUAGCCUUGACGCAUGGUUAAUAGUGUAAACAUUUUUCUGAAGACUGUCAGGGUUAAGGGGAUGUAUACAUUAUACCCCUAGUUCUAUCUACAAGGAAAUCCAAAGGGUCCAUUCAUUUAUAAGAUUGAUUAAUUACUACAGAGCUAAAUACAAAGAGAGCUAACUGCAUCUUCCCCAAUAAUUUGCCACAUUUGAAAUAUGGGUAUGUGUGAUAUUUUCAUAACUGCAAUUUCCCUGCAAACUUUAUUAUGUUUUGCACAAGCUAUAAUUCUAUUUGAGCAUAUUGAACAUGAAUUAAUAUUUAUAUCCUAGUGUUAUUAAUGUUUGUGCAAACAAUUUUGACAUAAUAGAUAUACUGGCAUUGACCCAGUAGUAGUAGUUCCAUACUUUAAAUCUAUUUUUUUCAAACAUUAAAUCAUCAUGUUCAAACACUGUGAAUAUGAUAAAACCUAACUGUGGUCACCAGUGUAGAUGGUACUACUACCUGAAAAAUAUAAACAGAACUUUGACAUUUCGACCGGAGGCAUACCCGCAUACCCCCACUUUUCUUAACGUUUUCAUCUAUGACAUAUAUAAAAUAUACCAAAUCUGUGGUUUUCAGAUUAUCUGUUAUUUCAGAAAACGUGGCUAAAGCCUGGUUCACAUUAGCAAUUUUGUCGGCGAUUUUGUGUUUCUGACGGAUGAAAAUGAGUGAAGUCGCACACAACAAAAGUAUAGAGUCGCUUUUCAGAAGUAAACAAGUUCAGCUAGUGUGAACCGAAGGGAGUAUGCCCCCACCGGACGAUUGCCCCCCCUGAUAUUUUCCAAUUUUUACAAAAUUUCGCAGUUAAUAUGAUAAAAUAAUUGGCAUUCCAUACUCGACUGAAACUUUGACAAUCAAAUAUGAUGGGAUUUUAAUUUUUGGGAUGGGAUUUUUACAUCGGUCCCCUGGGUUAAUUUGAGGACAUGUUUUCAAUUGUUUAGUUCAUUAUGAACAUUCCCAAAACACAAAACACACUUGAGUAAAUAAUAAUAUGUAUUAUUUUGAAAAUGUUUUUAUUUUCUGAAGACAAGUGGGCACAGCUUGCUAGCGCACCUGCAAACCUGAUACUCGGGGUUUUCACUUGGGGAGUACCUACUACUGAAGCUGUUAAUGUAUAUUAUUUUUUUUCAUAAUAGUGUGUAUCAGUUGUUAAUUUAAAUCAAGUUCUCAUAUAUUAGUUGUGCACCUUAAUAUUACUAUAUUUUAUAUCAGGUCUUGAAACCAAUUGUACUUUAUUCUAUUCCAAAAAUAUAAAUUAUGUGACAAGAAUAAAUCCUUCAAUAUUAUAC